UGGAGCCGUUCACUCAGCAUUCGCCUGUCGACGAAGCGCGCGAACGGUUCAUCGCGAAAUCAGUGUACCCGUGUUUUUGGACACAACAACAAAAAUCUUCAAAAUGGCACACCUCGUUUUACUCGUUCCCGUACUUCUUCUUGGCCUUUUCGCCGAAAACGGCGAGGCAGUGAGAUGUUGGACCUGCUCGUCGGACCUGAACCCGUACUGCAACGACCCGUUCGUUGUCGGCUACUCCGAUAACAGCUACCAGUUCAGACUGGAGAACUGUGAUGCCAACACUGGCGCCACCUUCCCGUACCUCACCACGUCCAGGUCUGCUUGCAAGAAGCAGAGGAAGUACGUCAACGGUCAGAUGGUGAUCUCCCGUGGGUGCACAUGGAAGCGCCAGGACGACUACAGUUCGCAGUGCCCUACCUCCUCAAAUGGACCCAAUGAAAUCACAUCCUACUGCGAAACUUGCGAUUACGAUGGAUGCAACGGCGCCGCUGCGAUCGGCAAAACCAUAGCGCUGUUGGUAGCCCCCCUUGCCUUACUAUUGUUCAAGUAAAUUAUACUUAGUUAGUGGCGUAACUGAAGCAAUAAUUUGUACGUUAUUUGCUGGAAUUAAGAGAUCUCCCUAAUUACUAUAGGUAUCUAAAGGUUAACCUACAAUAAUUGUUUAGCCUAAGUGGGACGAUUACAAAAGGACAUGUACAUAGUCGAGCUGAGCAAAAAUCUUAAUUCUUUUGUAGGUUGUGUCGCUAUUUAACUCUUAAGCUUUUGAGGUGCUAGUAUAAUAUUUUUUUAUUAAAAAAAAAAUAACUAUGAACACCGCCCUAAAAUAGUUAAAUCUAAAUAUCUCUAAAGACCUAUUAUUGUUUCAAUUGCAACAAAUCCAAAAUUAAGCAAGUUACGCCACUGCCCCGUCCCCCAUAAUCUUAGUACAAAAUAUUUUUACAAACGGGACCAUUCGAUAUCCCAGUCCAGUAAAUAAAUAGCUCUAUACCCACCGGUUGUGUUACCGAAAAAUCUCAAAUGAUUUUUUGUUAUUUAAAAGUGUUACAAUUUGUUACCGAUUUGAACAUUUCGAAUAUUUAAUACCAACACGUAUAUUAGUAAGAUAAAAUUAUAGAUUUUUUUAGAUGUAUAUAAGUUUUUGAGUCUUUUCUGUAAUUAAACAUUUUUUUUUCCAAUCACAUUUUUUUUAACUUCACUCGAAUUGUUAUUAGAAGCGUUACGAAUAAGCACCUUAUUUACCUUGAAAAAUCAAUGUCAUCCCUAUAUGUAAAGAUUUUGAAAAAGAAAAGUUGUUUUAGUGUAAAUAUUUUUAAGUUUAUCAUUAACAUGUUUUGUGUACAUUAAGUUUAUUAUAAAUGACUGACAGCAUCAACAAAUGAACACAAAUUUUUCCAAUACAGUAACAAUCUAUUUUGACACAAGUCUUAAAGUGCCUUGAAUGUAUCUCUAAAAGAAUGUAUUUAUGAAGCAUUUACGUCAAUCUCAUAAUCGUAAUCUCAUGAACAAUGAUUUAAUAUAAGGCACAAAUUUUCUUUUUAAAUAAAAUUUUGUUCACAAA